CCACCAGUGAUUCCGAAUGCUUGUCCUGCUGUCAUUGUCACGGCAUGUUGCCAUUGUAUUCUACUUUCUGAAAAUGGAUUAUUUUCUUAUGUGAACGAAGCUUUUUUUCUCGCAAUGGCCAAACUUUUUACGCUUUAAACAAGCAGUGUUUCUUACGCACUUAGAUUGAAAUUUAACUCAAAGAUAUGAAUUGAGUAAUAUUUAAAAAAAAUUCUUGCACUGCGCUGAAGUGGUAUAUAGCAGCGUCGGAAAGCUUUGCGGAACUGCGUUGAGUGCAAACGGAUAAGCGAAGCGGCAGUGUUUUGAGAACAGAUGGCAAGUAUAGCCUGUGAGGUCCCUCUCUUGUAACCUCGAUGGUCGUCCAUCCGUAGUUUUCCUCACCCUUGAGUGUGCUGGGGGUGCGUUCUGGUCAAGAUGAUCGCUGUUACAACAAAUCUGAAAUCAGGUUAGGGCAAGGGGAACAUAUAUACUAUAUUAGAAUUAAGCAUGUUGACAAAACGUUCCUGGGACCUACUGGUCGUCGGUUAUUGACACAACACAAACCGAGACAUUCACAGUGGCUUGCUGAGAACUGUAGUAAACAUCCUGACCAUCUUUGAUCGCAAGUUGGGUUGAAGUUAUAAUGGGGCUGGUACUAAAGGACAGCAUACACUUGACAACACUUCAUGGAGAAUCCGAAGUACAGCUGCUGUUUGGAGACAUCACACAACUUUCCCCAGCAGAAAAAGUUGACUUCAUAUUUGUAUCUGCUUUUCCAGGGGAUUAUUCGGCUGUACCAGGCACACUCAUUGGAGCAUUGGCCACAAAGCUUGGACUUUCAGUUCGGAAUUUGGCCAAAAAUAAGGAUGUUGAUCUUCGCGUCAACUUUAAUUGUUGGGUUUCAGGAUACCUUCCUGAUAAUAUGCCUUUUAAUCGUCUUGUUUGCUUUGAGAGCUGGGCCAACUGGGUCAAAGAUGAAGAGGAUGAAAAACUGCCUGCUCAGAUUAGUUCCAUAUUUCGAGCAAUGAUGCCAAUUUUUAAUGACAAAGAAAUGACAGUCAUAACACCUCUAUUAGCUGCAGGAAACCAGGGACAUGCUGAGGACCUAGCUCUAAGGUCAAUAGUUACUGCCUCCUGUAACUGGAUCAGGGCAGGCCUACCUCUGAAGUGUCUGAAGAUAGUGGUGUACACAAACAAUCCUGCUUCUUUAUCUCCUGCCCAAAAUGAUCUUCUUGAAAUAUUUUCCAAGCUCCAGAAGAAAUGGAAGGAUAUUGAACAAACAAAAAGUAAUUAUUACUUUAUAGUUUACCGAUUCAAAUUCUUUCAUAAGAACCCAAGUCAAGAAGAAAAGAAGUAUGAUGUCUGCAUUUCAUUUUGCAAGGAAGACAACACCUUAGCUGAGCAAAUCAGAAAAGGACUACAGAAAUUUGACAGUAGCAUUGUUGUCUAUUCAGAAGACCUUGUUCAUGACUAUGGGCAAGUCUGGCAAGAGGAAAUCUUUGACAUAAUGAUUCACUCACGCAGAGUUGUAGCAGUUUUAACCCCUGACUACAUUGCACAGUCAGAAUGCUUGGAACAGUACAACAUUGCACUUUGCUGCAACCGUCUGACUAGCCGAGACAUAUUAACCCCAUUUUAUAUGAAAACAGUUGACAUGCUUCCAUCAUAUAUGACCCUUGUACAAUACACAGAAUGCAGGGUAAGACAUGAUGGAGAGACUGCAGAGGGGAAGAUUAUUACAGCCUGUUCCUUGUUGAUCAAGCAUUUGGAUGCUGACAUGCAGACUGAACCCACUAGUAAGACAAGCCAUCACAAUCAAGACGAAAUGAACAGCAACUAUGAUGUGUUCAUCUCUUAUGCUCACAAGAAUCCUGAGCUACCUCAUCACUUGCACAGAGCUCUACAGGAUGCUGAUCCUGAUAUGAAGAUUUUUUUUGACACGAGCGAAUUAAGGGCAGGUAAAAUUUGGCAAGAAGCACUGUAUGAAGCAGUGGAUCAGGCAAAAUGUGUUAUAGCCAUGUUGAGUUCAGCAUAUUUCAACUCUACAGUAUGCCAGGAAGAGUAUAACAUUGCACUGGCACGCUUCUUGUCGCAGGAUGGAAUCAUUCUGAUCCCAGUGCUUGCAGAAGAAGAUGUUGAGGAAAUUCCAGCUUCAUUCUCUGUUGUCCCUAUCCUAGACAUGAGGAGUUCCAGACGUGCAGAUCAAAUCACCUUGGCCAGAAUCAUUGACAAAUGGCUUUGUUAUAAAAAGCCAGACCUCAGGUUUUCACGACCCUCACAUCCAUUACCAUUUCAAAAUGUCUUGGAGGCAUGGCGUAUGAAAGACUUCAACAACCGCUUCAUCUUCAAUGAGGUGAAAAUGCACAAGACUGUUUUAAGCAUGCAGCCAUUUUGUCUAAACUGCUUGCAUCUGAUGUCUCAUGUGACUUCCUUUCUUCUCAAACAAACUUCUAAAAUGCCAAAAAUACAAGCAGUGGACUCGGCAGACAUAGUGGUGACAUUUGUGUCAGACGACUACAUGGCCUCUGUGCAGCAUCGCCAUGAGCUUCAUACUGCUUUGUGUCGACAACGGAUGACGAAGGAUAGAAGAGUGCUAUACCUCAUCCAAGCCAACCACACCAAACACCUGCCAACAUAUGCUCAUAUCCUCCCUCACAGCAUCAACAUUGGGGACAACAUCUGGAUGCGCAUGAGUAAAAAAAUGCCAGAGGCAUCUGAAAAGAUUCUUGUUGACCUCUUUGAAGGUCGAAGCACAUUUUCCUGUAAGGGGCAUGAAAAACUAGCCCUUUCAACAGCAGCUCUGGACAUAAUGGAAAAACUCUCAGAAGGGUCUAAAGCCACAGGCAGUGGAAUGGCCCACCAACAUUGUAAACUUACUGCAGCUGAGGCAUCAUGCAGAGGCUAGAUGUGUUUCUCUAGAACAGUGUCUUAUUCCUUUGGGAGUCAUCAGUGAAACAUUUCAUGAUGGUAUAAAGGAGCCAAGUCCUUCGGCAACACCAGAUAAGGCCCUGGCAAAUGACAUAUCAAGGGCAAGUGUCAAGCAGUCUUCUGAAAAUGAAAAUAUUUCUACCACUAGCUCAGCUACACACAAGGAAAAAAAGGCGAAGAAGGUCGUCGACAUGUGCUGUGCUUUAAAGAAUGCUUGUGCAAACUAUUUAAGAAACAGGUCUCUUCUGGAGAUCUUCCCAUCUAUAUUAUCAUCCUGACUCACCUGGCUUCUUUAUCUGUAUUUUUGUAAUGGAUAAGCUUUUCACACUUUUGCCAACUCAGAAACUUAGCCACCAUCAUAUGGCAAAGCAGCCAGCCUUAUAUCAAAAGGAGAUGCAAAAAUGUGGACAGCACAGACCUGCUUUUUGCAAGUGGGGAAACCCCAGUAUCCUGAUUCUUGAAUAAGCUACAAUCAAUCGCCAUGACAACUAUGUGUGAGAGCAAUAAUGCUUGAGUAUUAGUGGUGUUGGCAGCUACUUGUGCACUGACAAGUGUUUCGCAGAGAGAUGAGAGACUUCUGUCUUGAUUUCCUUGCACUCUGACCAUGUGGUAUAAAGAUUCCUUUACAACACUUUCAGCAUAAGCCUGUCUGUUCAAAUGUUAAGUAAAAUUCAGCAUCAGACCACUCAAGUCACUCACAAUACUGAUGUCUGAUACUUGUCCACCAAAUCCAGGACUGUACAGAGCUGGGUACAAGAUGAGCAAUGACAUUUUACAAGCCAGAUAAAAGGGUUAGAGUUACGGUGAGGGUUUGGGUUAGGUGUAGGGAGUUUUUUUGUUUCAGGGUGUCAUGGCAUCCAUAACAACUUAUCUCAGUGGCUUGUGAACCCUUCUUGUUCCCAGAGCUGAAAACCAGAAACCGGUACAGCAAGCAGUUGGCAUGUUACUUAGCUGACUAAUCAUACCUCAAACAUAAAGAAUUUGCCCUGGGGUCCAAGUCUGGAAGUAUGCACAACCUGUUCAAUCCUUCUGUGGCACAGUGAACUUUCCCUGAUUGAUGUAAUUGUGGCAUGAAUAGUUGCUUUGUAGUAGUCUUGAGGGAGGUAAAGGAGUGAAAUAUAGGCAUUAGCUUCAUAAAAGGCUGCUGGCCCCCAAAAAUGUGUGGUCUUCAAUGCCUUAAUCCCUAGCAACUGGAAGGUCAACUCAUUCAAUACGAGCGUAUCAAUGCAAUUGAGCUUUAGCUAUGAAGACUUUUCCAUUUGUGGGUGCAAACUGUGUAGCAAAAGUUAAGGAUUUACCUUUUAGUCCGUUAUUCUUUGACACUUACUUUAUAUAAAAAGGUCAUUACAUUAUGGCCGCUUAUAUAAAAUGUUCAUAGGUGUUAUUUUUCUGAGAUUUCAUUGAUAAUUCUUUACAAAAUGAUAGAUUACUUGAAUGCUCAAUAAUAGAAGGGCC